AUGCACCCUUUCAUCUCCCGAAUCCUCUCCAACGUCCUCUACUACUCACCAACCUCGCGCAUCCACUCCUGGCUCCUCUACUUCGGCAUCCAGACCGCCCUGCCUGACUCCACGCAGGAGUUCGCCCCCUUGCGGAAUAUCUGCGAGUAUCUGAAUGCGCUGCACAUCUAUGCUGAUGAGGCGAAGAGGGGCGUCGUGAGGCAUGUGGAGGCGAAUCAUUUUUGCUCGCAUUUGAGUAAAGACGUACGCCAAUGUCUGCUCUACGACUCCGCCGCCAAGAACGCCCGCCUUAUCGGGGUGGAGUACAUGGUCACGAAGGAAAUAUACGAGACUCUUGAUCCGGAAGAACAAAAACUUUGGCAUUCGCAUGAGUUCGAAGUCAAAUCCGGCAUGCUCGUCCUUCCCAUGCCAGCCUCCCAUGCCUCCGGCCCCUCGGAAUGGGAAAAGCUUGAAACCGAAGCCAUGCGUCAAGUUAUCGGCCUCUACGGCAAGACCUGGCAUUUUUGGCAAAUUGACCGUGGCGAUACAUUGCCGUUGGGCUAUCCGCGAUUGAUGGGCAGCCUAACCGAGCCGGGCCAGCUCAAUCUUGAAGAGGUGUUGAAGGAGAGGAAUGAGAGACAUGGGGUAGAUAUGGAGAGAAAGCGGAGGCUGAGGGAGGGAAUUCAGGAGCCGGGGGUCAGUGGGAAUGCGGAUUCAUGGUGGAAGGGGAUCGGGCCGCCGAGCCAGGAUAGUUGGUCUUGA